CGUUGCCGUCUCUUCCUCAAUGUCUAGCCACACUGACCUUCCGCAAACCUAUUCGCAAGCCCAUUUACAAACCUGUUUACAAGCUUGUUCACAAGUCUGUCCAUAAGAUUAUUUUCAAGACCAUUUACGAGCUCAUUGGCAAACCUAUUCACAAGCCUAUUGACAAACCUAUUCAUAAGCUGUUUCAGAAAUUUAUUCAUAAGCUUAUUUACAAGACUAUUUACAAGCUCGUUGACAAACCUAUUCAUAAGCUGAUCCAGAAACCUAUUCAUAAGCUUACUUACAAGACUAUUUGCAAGCUCAUUAACAAACCUAUUCGCAAGCCUAUUGCCAAACCUAUUCAUAAGUUUAUUUACAAGACUAUUUACAAGCUCGUUGACAAACCUAUUCAUAAGCUGAUCCAGAAACCUAUUCAUAAGCUUACUUACAAGACUAUUUGCAAGCUCAUUAACAAACCUAUUCGCAAGCCUAUUGCCAAACCUAUUCAUAAGUUUAUUUACAAGACUAUUUACAAGCUCGUUGACAAACCUAUUCAUAAGCUGAUCCAGAAACCUAUUCAUAAGCUUACUUACAAGACUAUUUGCAAGCUCAUUAACAAACCUAUUCGCAAGCCUAUUGACAAACCUAUUCAUAAGCUUAUUCACAAAUCUAUUCAUAAGCUUACUUACGUGACUAUUUACAAGCUCAUUGACAAACCUAUUCGCAAGACUAUUGACAAAUCUAUUUACGAGCUUAUUCACGAACCUAUUCACAAGCCUAUUGAUAAACCUAUUCGCAAAGCUAUUCAUACAUCUGUGUUUGUCACAUUUUGUUCAUUCAUGCAAUUCUUCUUGGUCGAGCUAGACAAAUGGAGCGUUGAAACAGGAGGGAUUACGAAAGUGUAAAAGCAGUUAACUGACACAGAUUUAACAGGAAAGUGCAUGUUUUGUUGUUACACAUGGAUCCUCCUGGAACGAGAUAAACUAGUAUAGAAGACAAACAAGGGGGAUUACGAAAAUGCAAAAGCGAUUAAGCGGCACACAUUUGACAGAAAAGUACACAUUUUGUUGUUACACGCGAUUCAUCUGAAACGAGAUAAACCGAUAUAGAAGACAAACAAGGGUGAUUGCGAAAGUUCAAAAUUGAAGCACAUGUAACACAAAAUAAUGUACAUUUCGUUAAUGAACACGAUUCAGCCCGAGCGAUGAGAACGGAUACAACGAAUAAGCGUGGAGCGGGGGGGAUUAUGGAAAUGGAAAACAACGAAGAGUGAAGAGACGCACGUACAGGAAAGAGAGAAAAUGGAAGAACGGAGCGAAGAUAGGUGAGAAAAAUCAACUGACCUACGCAGGAGAGAAAUCACAGUGAGAGAUGAGGAAAAAGUUGGAUCGACUCGUGGUCGAAGUAGAAAAAGAGGGCAUAGAAGCAUCGGCCAAGUGGCGCGGAGGGGGGAGCCGGGGAGGCGCAAGGUUUCCACGGAGUGCAUCAAGAUCGUGGGACUUUUCAUAGUGUCCUAAUUAUCUCGAGAGAUUGUGCUCCGACGUUUGUUAUCGAGUUGCUUAAGGAAAACCGAUGGUCGCAGCGGCGAGCAGACCGAACUCCGAGUUUCUUCUACGAGGCUGUGAUUAAGAAAUAAAUUAAAAGCUCGGGAUUAUCGCUGGUUAAUUAGUCGGUGUUUACCAGAGGAAGUUCGCAGACCCUGAUCCGUUUACUGGUUUCGCGAAAGGCAAUUGAAACUCCCGGGCGAACUUGAUUCUCGGCGCUGACAAGUUGUUAGUGACAACAGUCUCUGGAGCUUCCGGGAUGACGAUAAUAACGUUCCUCCAUCGCAGUUGUAUUCGAUUGUUUGUGGCCGCAGUUGCUCGGAGACUCGAGAACGAAUGCCGCGGUGCAGCAGAGGCGGUUGUUGGUCUUACGUGAAACGAAAGCUGCCGGUUCUGACGUGGUCGACGGCCUAUAAGCUCGCAUGGCUGCCCCAAGAUGUGCUGGCAGGAUUCACGGUCGGUCUGACCGCUAUUCCUCAGGGUAUCGCUUACGGGAUCGUGGCCGGACUGAAUCCCGAGUACGGGCUGUACGCAUCCUUCAUGGCGUCCUUCAUCUACAUCAUCGUCGGGUCCUGCGAAUGCAUCACCAUAGGACCUACGGCCAUCAUGGCUACCAUGGUGCAGUCCCUCGUUGGAAAAUACGGGGCUGAUAUCGCUGUCCUGAUGACUUUCUUGAAGGGUUGCUUCAUCACUCUUCUGGGUCUUCUUCAUCUAGGUUUCCUGUUGGACUUCAUCUCUCUGCCAGUGAUCACAGGCUUCACGACAGCCGCGUCCAUCAACAUAGCAGCCUCGCAGUUCAAGUCCCUGUUGGGCAUACCGGGACGAAGCGAGGACCUAGUGGAUUCGCUGGUAUCAGUGUUCUCGAACCUGAACGAGAUCAGAUAUCAAGAUACGUUGCUGGGAGUGUGCACGAUUGCGGCGCUGGUCUUGCUGAAGAAUUUGCCCGGACGGCGAACCGGCACGUGGCCCGAAAAGCUUGCAUGGAUCGUUACCCUAGCCCGUAACGCUUUAGUAGUCGUCGCAGGGACUGUCAUGGCGUACAUAUUUUACGCCAACCACCAGCAACCCUUCAAGCUGACUGGAACCAUGGGAGAAGGACUGCCGCCGUUCGCACCGCCGCCGUUCUCCAUCACCGCCAACAAUCGCACCUACGACUUCCUGGAGACCGCUUCCGCCAUGGGGACCACGCUAUUCACCCUUCCGAUCGUCUCCACCAUCGAGCACAUGGCCAUCGCGAAAGCCUUCGCGAUGGGAAAGUCUCUGGACGCGACGCAGGAGAUGUUCGCGUUGGGUGUGUGCAACGUGUUCGGCUCGUUCGUGCGAUCGAUGCCGGUCACAGGCUCCUUUACCCGCACCGCCGUCAAUCACUCGUCCGGCGUCAAAACGACUUUCGGCGGUUUGUUCACAGGAUGUCUGGUGCUGCUCGCUGCCGGUCUGUUGACUUCCACCUUCCGUUUCAUUCCGAAAGCCACCCUGGCCGGCGUGAUUAUAUGCGCCAUGUACUACAUGCUCGACUUCAAGACCUACGCCAUGCUGUGGCGGGCCAAGAAGAUCGACUUCCUGCUGAUGGUGGUCACGCUGUUGUUCUGCGUGUUCCUCAAGCUGGAAUGGGGUAUAAUCAUCGGCAUAAUCCUGAACAUAUUAAUGCUGCUCUAUUUCUCGGCGCGGCCUUCCAUUCAGACGGAGAUCCAGCAGGCCGAGGCAGGUACCGUGAUACGCGUCACGCCGGAAGAAGCUCUAACGUUCCCAGCGGCGGAGAAUUUCCGGACAAGCAUAAUGAAGUUAUCCGAGGAGAGCCCGAACAACGUUUUGCUGGACUGCAGAAACUUAAAGAGGAUCGAUGUGACGGUCGCGAAGAACCUGAAGCUGUUGGCGAACGAUCUGCAUCUUCGCGGCCAGACCCUCGGCUGCAUAAAUUGCCACGAGAACGUGCGCGACGUCCUCGAUAACGUCGCGCCGGACCUAUGCAGAGAUUCAUCUUAGGAUCGAUAGGGGACAUCGAAAUCGACGUCCGAACAACGACUUAGUGUAAUAUCUACUGUGUUUCAUAUAAUAAAAGAUUCUGCUAUUUAUUUGUAAA